AAUGAUAUAUAUCAAUGUGGGUCAGUUUUUCAACAUAGCGAGAAACGUCUGUGUCCAUUCUCAAUGGGGAACCAUCUGUGUCAUUUUUCCAACCGACACCGCAAGAACCGUAACGGCGCGAACGAGAAAACGGCAAUUCCAGCAGCCGAUAAAUACAGUCCAUCCGAUCUUAACGCCUCACAGAUCUCGAGCUCAACUACCAAUUCCAUGGCAUCCUCCUCUACUCUGCCUUACUCUCACGUCGACUCCUCCUUACGAGCCCUCGCCGGCCAAGCCGAGGGUUUCGGCCGGUUAGCCAUUGGUGGCCUCCACGGACCCCUCUACCCUGUCACCACUUUAGCAGAUGAUGGGCCAGGAUCACUUCGUGCUGGAUGUCGCAAAAAAGAACCUCUGUGGAUUGUCUUUGCAGUUGCAGGGACCAUUAAGCUCUCAUCUUAUUUGAGUGUGUCAUCUUAUAAGACCAUUGAUGGGCGGGGCAAAAGAAUCAAACUCACAGGGAAAGGUUUGAGGUUGAAGGAAUGUGAACAUGUAAUUGUAUGCAAUCUAGAGUUUGAAGGUGGUAGAGGACCUGAUGUUGAUGGCAUUCAAAUUAAACCUAAUUCAAAGCACAUAUGGAUAGACCGUUGCAGCCUUCGUGAUUUUGAUGAUGGUUUGAUAGAUAUCACCCGGGAGAGCACAGAUAUUACUAUUUCUAGAUGUCACUUUUCACGGCAUGACAAGACAAUUCUCAUUGGAGCAGACCCUUCUCACACUGGUGACAGAUGCAUGCGGGUGACCAUUCACCAUUGCUUUUUUGAUGGUACUCGACAGCGCCACCCUCGUGUUAGGUUUGGGAAAGUACAUUUAUACAAUAAUUACACCAGAAACUGGGGCAUUUAUGCUGUUUGUGCCAGUGUAGAAUCACAGAUAUAUUCACAAUGCAAUAUUUAUGAAGCAGGACAAAAGAAGGUGGCUUUUAAAUAUCUCACAGAGAAGGCGGCUGAUAAAGAAGAGGCAAGUACUGGCAGCAUGAUAUCUGAGGGGGACUUGUUUGUAAGCGGAACUCAAUCCGGUUUGUUGACCCGGGCCAAUGAAGAUAGUGUGUUCCAUCCUAGUGCAUACUACCCCACAUGGACGGUGGGAGCUCCGUCGAAUGAUCUUAAACAUGUUCUACAACAUUGUACAGGAUGGCAGUGUGUUCCACUGCCAGAAGAUCAGAAAGUGAUUACCUAGUAACCUCAAAUAGUAUAUAUCUAAAUAAACGUUUGCGUCCACUUCUAAUCUUGUUUAGUUUUCGACACGCCAUGGUAUAAGAUCAUCUUUGUGAAGAGUAUGGACCAAUUACAGUAAUUUUGAUUUGUGUGACAUUUGUUAUAGGUGUUCUGGUUGUUUUUUUUUUUUUUUUUCAACUGGUACUCACACACACGUCUCCGCUGAGAUUCGAACCUCUUACCUUGUUUUGGAAAGUAGGGGCUGAGUACCGGCAUACCGAUAAGCCACUGGCCCGUUGGUUUCUGAUUGUUUGUUUAUGUUGAUAGGGUUUGGCAUUUGAUGUUCUUUCAACUAUCCACGCGGUGUACUGUGUAUAUAUGCUAUACAUUUGAUUAUAUUAAUUGAAUAAAUUAGGUCUGGGCUUGUGAUGUACUUA